AAACUUCUGCUGCAGAGCAGACCCUCCACCAAAUACCUGACACACUUCUGAGCGAUGGAGGGAAUCUAUGCAAAUGUUAAAUAUGACGACUCUGUUGACCCAAAGGCAUCACAGCAUCAGAGAGGUCCCAGGAGCUCAGGGAGGAGGUUUCAUGGAGCUGUUGUUCUCUUUCUGGGGCUGCUCAGUGUUUUCCUGCUGGCUGGACUCAUCGGCCUCGGUGUCCACUCCGCGGAGCUCUCCUCCAUCAGAGCCAACCUGACGGAGCGUCUCCAGGCCAGCAAUGACCAGCUGGCUGAGAGAGACCUGCUGAACGCCAGCCUCACCGAAAGGACUCAGGAGCUGGACAGACUUCAGAGACUGUCCAAACAGAAUAAAACGUGUCCUGCAGGAUGGAGCGUGAUCGGUUGUAUCUGUUACUUCUUCUCCACCAAGUCAGACUCUUGGGAAAAGGGCAGACAAGACUGCAGAGACAGAGGAGCAGACCUGGUGAUCAUAGACAGCCGUGCUGAACAGGUUUUCCUCAGCACAAACAUCAAGAAAGAUACUUGGAUUGGUUUGAAUGACAGAGACAACGAGGGCACCUGGAAAUGGACUGAUGGCACUCCACCAACUCUGACGUACUGGCAUGCAAGGCAGCCUGACAAUGGUGGUGGAGAUCCACGCUGGGGUGAAGAGGACUGUGUACAUUUAAAGCCUGGCCUGAAACCUGAAGAAAACUGGAAUGAUCUGUGCUGUGAUGAGUCUCUGCAGUGGAUCUGUGAAAAAAUAGCUUAG